UGAGAGUUGUAUCGGUAGGCAUUUUCUAUGGGCCUGCGCAGGGAUAUGUACAUGUAUAUUGGUGUGGUGACAAGCAGAAUACAUUAAGAGAAGAAAGGCUUGUUUUAGUGUCGGGAAUUUGGUACCUUUUAGCACUUACGAAAACACGCAUUUUGGAUAUAUUUGUUGGGCAUUCUCUCUGAUCCACAAUGAGCGAAGACGCCACGGGUGUCCGGGCGGAGUCUGAUAUCAAGAUGGUGGCCAGGCAAAUCAAAACUGAGUGCAGUCAAUUCAAACGAACCUUCCUUCGCCGAAAGCUGAUGACCAGAGAUGAUCAGAAGGAAGGGGACGAGCUAAAUAGGUGCUUAACCGUCGUGGACCUCGUCUCCUUGGGGAUUGGGAGUUGCUGUGGUUCAGGCAUGUACAUUGUGACCGGUUUCUUGGCGAAAAGUGUGGCCGGGCCUGCUGUGAUUCUCAGUUUCCUAUUCGGAGGCUUCGCCUCCAUUCUUUCAGGUUUAUGUUAUGGCGAAUUCGGCGAGCGCGUGCCGCGAACGUCAGGUUCGUCAUACGUCUACAGCUACAUCACGAUAGGCGAGAUUGUAGCCUUCAUCACCGGAUGGAACCUCAUCCUGGAAUACAUCAUCGGUACAGCUUCCGGGGCGGUUGCUAUUAGCGCAUGCGUGGACACCAUCAGUCAUCACGCCAUCAGCGGAUACAUGACAAACAAUAGUUUUCCUGUCAUAGAGCGUGAAUACCCAGAUGCUCUUGGAUUCGGCAUAAGUGUACUCAUGACAACCCUUCUAGCUGUGGGCGUCAAAGAAUCUGUCAUCUUCAACAAUGCCCUAAACGCCAUUAGUUUGGCAGUUUGGGUGUUCUUGGUCGGUGCGGGGUGUUUCUAUGCACAGCCAUCACUUUGGGAGCAGUAUGGAUUCAUGCCUUAUGGAUGGUCCGGGGUAUUCUCCGGCGCUGCUACCUGCUUCUACGCCUUCAUCGGCUUCGACAUCAUAGCCACGACGGGGGAGGAGGCAAAGAACCCAAGCCGCGCCAUCCCUCUCUCCAUCUGUCUCAGCCUCGUCAUCUGCCUCAUCGUCUACGUCUCCAGCUCCACUAUCCUCACCAUGAUGGUACCAUUCAUGGCCAUUCAACCAAACUCCGCCCUGAUAAGCAUGUUCGCCCAACGGGGAUUUCCACAGGCGCAAUACGUUGUCAUGGUGGGCGCUUUGGCCGGGCUGACUGUGGCCAUGCUGGGCUCGAAUUUCCCAAUGCCUCGUGUGAUAUACGCAAUGGCCAAGGAUGGGUUGUUGUUCAAGUUUCUAUCGUACGUGAAUCCGUGGACCAAGACAGCUCUAUGGGCAACAAUUUUAUCGGGAUCGGUGGCAGCAUUGUUGGCAUUCUUCGUAGGACUACAGGCGCUCAUUGAAAUGAUGUCUAUAGGUACCCUCCUUGCCUAUACCAUGGUCUCAGUCUCCGUGCUCUCGCUUCGGUAUCGCCCCACAGCCGAAGACGAAGAAUACCAAGAACUUAUUCAAUCGGGAUCUGCCGGAGAAAAUCCAGAACAAGCCGAGGGCACUUCGGAACCUCUCGAAUCAAAUAUACUCACGAAACGUUCAAAACAGUACGGGGCUGUUGGCCACCAAGGCCAGGCUACGGACGAACGGAGUUGCAUGGAUAGAAUUCGCUUGAGAAUGAACAUCAGUACUGUGGCUACUGAAAAGACUUCGAGAAAUGUGACGGGCAUCGUGUGGUAUCUUAUUGUGAUAAACGUUAUUCUUUGUUCUAUCUUGGCUUGGGGAGAGAACUACAUUGCCGCGAAGGCACCUUGGGCGAUUACUUCAGCUGCACUGUUCGCAUUCAUGUCACUUCUAGGGGUAACUGCCAUUUCGUGUUAUCCUCAGAGUCGGAAGAAACUAAACUUCAUGGCUCCGUUGGUGCCUUGGCUCCCUUGUCUGGCUCUAUUCCUUAACAUGUAUCUCAUGAUGAAGUUAUCGCUUAUAACUUGGGCCAGAUUCGCCGUUUGGUUGGCGUUAGGUUCGGCCAUAUACUUCUUCUACGGAAUCAAAGCGGCCGGCGACGUCCAGAAAAGGAUAAUACUGGAGAAUCCAGGGAGCAUCGUUUCCAUAUCAAAAAGUGAGGCGGAUAACCAAUACAUUCAGGAGCAGGUUGCAAGCGCUUAUGAAGAGGCGAUGAACGCGAGCAAAGAACAAAUAGAUAACCCGACGGACUCGGAGAGACAAGAAAUAACCCUGCGCCAACGGGCCGCGGGACAUAGCACGUCAGGGGUAGGUUUGGACGUUGACGGGCCCAGUUGAGGAUGGUGAAAUACGUUGAACAAAUGAGACAACGGGUUAAUGGGAAAGGAGGUUCCGGUGAAGUUCCGUUGAAGGUCGAGCUUUUGGAGACGAGCGAUUGCUUUCGCGGCGACCUGCGACGUAGCCAUGACAGUAUGACAAUGAGAGCGCGAGUCAAUCGGAGGCCGCGUUUCAAUAGCAAUCGUCAUGUUGCCAUGAUGGCAACCUCCCAGGCCGCAGCGCAAGUACGUCACCAGGGUACCCAUCGGCUUGGCCAUAUUUUCUCGCAUGA